AUGUCGGCCGGCCAAAUCUCAUCGUCGAUCCUUCCCCCGCCUUCGCCUUCCCCAGGCCAAUGCGAUGCCAGCCCUCGCGAUAUAGAAGAGGGAAGAGAUGCAUACAGGCCGGGUGGGUUCCAUCCCGUCUACAUUGGCGACGUCUACCACGACCGAUACGAGGUAUUGAACAAGAUCGGCUAUGGCGCUUACUCCACUGUCUGGCUUGUCAACGACAAAAAGACACCAGAAGGCGAAGCUCGCAAAUUCUUCGCCCUCAAAGUUCUCAGUGCCGAAUGCUAUGGCGCAGAAAAGGACAUCUUUGAGAGGGAGAUUUUGAAGAGCUUGAGAGAUGGAGACCGGAAGCAGCUCGGAUACUCACACGUCUGCCACCUAGUCGAUGACUUUGAGCACGAGGGUUCCAACGGUACUCACGUAUGCCUUGUCUUCGAGCUCAUCGGUGAGACCCUGCGAAGCUUUGGGGCUUGGUUCCCCGACAGCAUGAUCUCUAACCAGGUGAUGCGGCGCUUCACUAUUCAACUGCUACUGGUUCUGGAUUUCGCCCACGAGCACAAUGUAAUCCAUACUGAUAUCCAACCAAGCAACAUCUUUGUCAAGUUGAGGGACUACACCCUGAUCGAGUCCGGCUACCUGGUCAAGGUACCCAUUCCACAGCAGGACCGUGCCGAAGAAAAGUACACUGUCGUGCCCUCUCGCCCCCUGCCUCAAUACUACUUCAACGAAGACGACAGGUUCGACCACUUCGACAUCGCUCUGGGUGACUGGGGCGUUUCGAGCUGGGCAGACAAGCACCUCACCGAGAAGAUCCAGCCUGUCGCUCUCCGCGCACCCGAGGUCCUGAUCGGAGCCCCUUGGGAUGCAGCCGUCGAUAUGUGGAACCUCGGGGCCAUCGUCCUGGAACUAUUCCUCGCGGUUCGCAUGUUCAGCGGGGCGGUCCCUCCGCACGGGCACUACGAGCUCAAGCAGCAUUUGGCAGAGGUGGUGAAUCUCUUUGGCCCGUUUCCCAAGGCACUGCUCGACAAGGGAGACAAAGACAUCGUCGAGGCCGUGUUUGACGAUCAAGGAAUGAUCAAAGGGUUGCCUCCGUCAUCCAUGGACACUCUGGAUUAUCUGCCAGACUAUUUCCCUCCCGAAAUGGAUGCAGAUAUCGGGGGCGAGUUCAUUGCCUUCAUGCAGUCAUUGAUGAAGAUCGAUCCUGCAGAGCGCCCAUCGCCUGAAGACGUCCUCCGGGGACCUUGGCUACGUGCAAUAAAGUAG